AUGAAACAACGUGAAGUGCUGGAUGAACGACGGAGACAGUUAACUUAUUUCACAUCUUGUAGUGCAGGAACAUGUCAAUGUCGUGGAUUCCGACCAGUUUUUAACAAUGAAGAGGAGACAGUAGAAAGACGAGCAACACGUGCUGAACGUGAGAAUGAAUAUGCCCCAAUGACAAGAGAUUUGGAAACACUCGGAUCCGACGAAAUCAUAGAAUGCCGAACAUGUGGACAUUCUAUAACGUUUCACGCGGAACCAAUAAAAGAGCUAACCGAAGAAGAAGUGGAUAAAUAUACAGAUAGAAUCUCUGAUCUUCAAACAUGCUGCUCUGAGCUCAGUGAAAUCGAUGCAUCUCAUGAAUCUCUUCAGACUUUAUACAUAACGAUGCAAAUGCUUCUAAAAUCUCUGCGCACACUGAAACCAAUUGAAGUUCCUUUUAUAGGAAAACCUAAUUUUGAACCGGACUCCUUGAGUCCAUACAUUCUUACAAAACGGUUCAUUGCUUCUCGUCCAGUAGACAAUUCCGAAAAACAAAGAUUGGCUGAAAUUGGGGCCCUGUUUCUCACGGAAAUGAAUCACUGGCGACUCGAAAGCUUCGAAAACUUAGCGGAAAACUUAACUGAAACACUGGAACAAGGAAGAUAUAGGAUGAUGUACGCUCGUAUGGAUUAUUACGUCAAUAUGCCCUCAAAGUAUCUUUCCUUUAAACAAUAUCAGACUGUGGAUAUAUUCGGCGAGAAGUUUACUACUACAUUCUGCAACUAUUGGAUCAAUGCUUUGAACUCGGAAGAUUAUUCGCCUUCCGGAAUAUCAGAGAGCGACUUGGAAGAAAACAUUACUGAUUUGAUGAGCUUUGCGACACAGCUAAAAAAUUGGAUUGAAAACGAAGAAGUAACAUCCUAUGCGUCUUCAUCACAUCGGCGCAAAGAUUCGUCAAGCUUUUCUUCUGAUGAAUUCGAAUUAAAAUACGUUAAAAGGAAGAAGCCAACAGAUCACUCUGAGAGUUCUUCACCUCGAGAAUCUUCUGUAUCUUCAAUGGACGACAGGGAAGCACCUCGUAGAAGAAAGAAAGAUCAAGCGUCUUCCCAGCCAGGAACAUCGAACGCAUCCAAGAAAUCACCGGAAACAGAAGAAUCCAUGGCAGUUCUGCGCUCACUAGUACGUGCAAUAAAACUGGAUGGCGACUUGGACGCGAUGGAGCCUAAAACGAAGACCGAGUUUGAAGCAUUGAAUACAGAAGUAUCUCGCGGUUUGUAUGCGCUCCAGGAAGAAGAACGGGGACUCAUUGAAUUUAGAGUGAUUGGAAACGAUCUGGAUCCCUUUCAGUGCCACGAACAACUCGCUCAACUCGUUGAACUUCAAAACUUAUUCGGUGCGCAGCUACCGAAAAUGCCGAAAGAUUACGUUACACGCUUGAUAUUUGAUAGUCGUCAUCAAAACAUGGUUAUUCUGAAGAGAGAUAUGGGAGUGAUAGGAGGAAUUUGUUUCCGGCCAUUUCCCUCUCGUGGCUUUGUUGAAAUUGUUUUCUGUGCAAUCACUGCUAUGGAACAAGUGAAAGGAUACGGAACACAUCUGAUGAAUCAUUGCAAAGAUUAUAUGAUCAAAAAUAAAAUCUAUCAUAUGCUGACAUUCGCAGACGAAUUUGCAAUAGGUUACUUCACAAAGCAAGGAUUCUCCGACAAAUUGGAAAUAAACCAGACUGUUCAUAAAGGUUGGAUAAAGGAAUACGAAGGAGCCACGUUAAUGGGCUGCCAUCUGCAUCCACAAAUUUCAUAUACAAAGUUUCCUGAUUUUUCGAAAGGUAUCCAGGCGUUGCACUGUGGGUAUAAAUUAGAAAAUGGAGCGGAAUGUAGAGGAAGAGUUUUUGGAGGACUAGAGCAUAUUUUCCGAGAAAGUUCUCCACCAUUACUCGAACUCCGGAGAGUUCCUGGUACCGAUUCACUGAAAAUGAACAAAAAAACGUGUUAUCAACUCGAUGAACGAGAUGACUAUCUCGAUAACAAAAUAUCUUCUAUCCUGAAAAAACUCAGUUCGGAUAAGAAUGCUUGGCCUUUCGCCACCCCAGUAGACGCUCAUGACGUUCCCGAAUAUUAUGAUUAUAUCAAACAUCCGAUUGAUUUGAAGACAAUGCAAGAAAAGUUCAAAAAGAAGUAUUAUGUUCAUCAACAUCUUUUCAUUGCGGAUUUGACACGGAUGUUCCAAAACUGUUACUCUUUCAAUGGCGUGGACACAAUAUACUACAAACUGGCCUACAAAUUGAAUGAAUUGGCCCUGAAAUUAUCGAAAUCAUCAUUCCCAGAAAGCACUUUUUAUCCAGAGCUCCCAGAUCGCAGACCAACUUGA